GCGGAUCAAUACAUAUUUUCGCUGGGUUUUCCUUCGAAUUACACUUAUUUAUUGGAAAAAAGGGGCGGCAAAUCUUCGUGUUCAGGUCUCCUUUACAUAUAUAAUACAGCGAGAUGGCGGACCCGUGGAUGAUCCAGCCGCACGAGCACGCCAAGUUUGCUGAGCACUUCCGUAACCUUGGCCCUGUCAACGGACACCUCACUGGGGAGCAGGCCAAGAGGUUCAUGCUACAGUCUCAACUGCCCCCUCCUGUCCUGGGCCAGAUCUGGACGCUGGCGGACUGCAACGCCGAUGGGAAACUGGACCUUAAGGAGUUCUCCAUCGCCUGUAAGAUCAUUAAUCUGAAACUCCAUGGAAUGGAGAUCCCUAAAGUCUUGCCGCCUGCUCUACUGGGAUCUUUGAGUCCACUGGGCCCACCAAAACAGCAAUUCGCUCCACCAGCAAAGCCUCCAAUCCCACCUAUGCCAUCAAUGCCACAACAACCACUGAUAUCUGGUUUACCAACCAGUCAACCAACUCAGAACCUUCUGGGCGACUUCAACCAACCCUCCGUCAACCCUCCAGCUCAACCUUUGAUCCCGCCUGCAAAACCGGUCCCAAGUUCGGUUCCUGAUUUGAUUUCUGGGGUGAAACCUUUGACGCAACCGAUAACAACCCAGCCAUUAAUGGGUGGUGCUCCUUUGGUUGGCGCGCAACCUUUGGUUGGUGGUCCGCCUUUAGCAGCCCAACCAGCUAUUCCUCCACAACCCUUGAUUCCUGGAGUGCAACCAUUGAUACCUCCUUCGCAACCAUUGAUUCCCCCUGCUCAACCAAUGAUCCCUCCUCAACCACUCGUCCCAGGUUCUCAACCAAUCCUUGCACCAUCUCAACCGUUAAUCCCUGGCGCUCAACCUAUCAUCCCACCAUCAACCCAACCUUUGGCUACAGCGCCUUUAUCGCAACCUAUCAUACCUGGUUCAGGUAUUCAACCACUGAUACCUCCAGCAACCACCACGCCGCUAAAUCAGUCCCUGAUCGGUGGUCCACUCUCGCAACCUUUAGGUUCGCAACCUUUGAUCCCACCUGCGCAACCUCUGAUACCACCUUCGCAACCACUGAUCCCUGCAUCGCAACCAGCGACUCAGUCAAUGCCCAGUGGUACAACAGUCGCGUCGUUGCUGAGUAGUCCUCCACAGGCUAUCGCGACGGUAGCAGGUGCGAUUCCCAGUCAGCCAAUCACAUCGACACCUAUUACUGCUGUGAAGAAUGAGAUCUUGUCUAAGCCUGGAUCGUUGGCGACCAGCCCGACAGAAGUGCCCAUGGGUAUGGUGAGCCCACCGCCCAGCGUCGAGUGGGCGGUGCCUCAGGCGCAAAAACUCAAGUACACCCAACUCUUCAACGCGACGGACCGCGCCAAGACAGGAUCCGUCUCCGGGGCUCAAGCCAGGUCCAUAAUGCUGCAGUCCAGGCUGCCUCAGCAAGCCUUGGCGCAGAUCUGGGCAUUGGCUGACCUGGACUCAGAUGGGAAACUCGGAUGCGAAGAGUUCGUGCUGGCGAUGUACCUAUGUGAGAAGGCGACCCAAGGGGAGGCGGUGCCAGCUAAGCUGCCUCUGGAGCUGAUCCCACCUUCGUUCAGGCGAGAGUCGGUAACGUCGACUGGUAGUAACAAGUCUUACGAGGAGCGUCGUCGCGAGAACAUGGCGCGCGGACAAGCUGAGUUGGAGAGGCGACGGUCGCAGUUAGCCGACGCGCAGAUGAAGGAGAAGGCGGAAAGAGAAAGAAAAGAAAGGGAAGAAGCGGAAAAGAGAGAGAAACUCCGCCUGGAGGCGCAGAAGAGGGAACAAGAGGAGUUGGCCAGGAAACAGAAGGAGGAACAAGAGAAACGCGAGGCUGCCAGAAAGGAGAUGGAACGUCAGUGCCAGCUGGAGUGGGAGAAGAAAAGGACCAGGGAACUAGAAACCAUGAGAACAGAGGAACAAACCAAAGUCCUCAGCUUGAAAGCGAAGAGCCAGAGUGUGUCUGCUGAGCUGAGUACAGUCACCCAGCGAGCCUCCACCCUGGCGAGGGACAUCCGGGAGACCAGGACCGCAGUCGCCGCCGCCAAGUGUACCAUUGACGGGAUGAGGUCUGAUCGCGACACCAGUAUGGCUGAAAUGCAACAGCUGAAGGCUCGAGUCAAGGAACUGAACGCGAAACAGAUAUCCUUGAAUAAGGAGAAAGCUGAAUUAGACGCUAAGGCCAAGGCUUCUGAAGGUGCCGGGGAGGAUGGUAAACUGAACAUGAUGGAAGUGACAUUAAAACAACUUCGUGAUAAGGUGGAGACAGCCAAAGCGCUAGUGGAAUCCAAGUCGUCAGAUCUGGAGACUAACAAGAGCCAGCUGUCAGAACUGACUGCGAAGGUGUCGGAGCUCAGCGAGAAGUGCCAGCGAGUGUGGCAGUUGUAUGAACAUAAACGCCAGGAGUACCUCGAGAGGAACAGCACAGCGCCUGCAGAGUCCGCUUGGGGGAAGGAAGCAGAGGCGGACUGGGGCACUUCCAAUGACGCGUGGGGCGAGCCUGCGGCCCAGGAGGAGUCAUGGGGCGACGCGCCCCCCACCACAGCCACAGAGCCGGUUUCCGCAGCGGUGUCAUCGACCACAGCUGCUCCAAAAUGGCGCUGCGUGUACGAGUUUACGUCCAGGGCAGAAGAUGAGCUGAGCCUCCAACCUGGUGACUUGAUAUACGAGACACCAGCUCCGCGCCCCGAUGCCGAACCAGGGUGGAAGUGGGGAACGGCGCGAGGGGAGUCGGGUUGGUUCCCGGAGUCGUACGUGGAGAUCAUCAGCGCGGCGACAGCUUACGCGACUGAAGUCAUCGAACCCCUAGAACAGAAGACCCAGCUUGAAGGUAUAGCAGAGGUGCCAGAGGCGGAGAUUACCAAUGACUUAGGAGGGGCCAUGCCUAUAGUUGAAGGCGGAGACUUCUACAUAGCAGCGUACCCUUACGCGUCAGCGGAGCCCGGGGACCUUAACUUCGAGGCUGGUGAGAGGAUCGAGGUGGUACGACGAGACGGGGACUGGUGGACGGGGCGGAUCGGAAGCAGGACGGGCAUUUUCCCGUCAAACUACGUCACCCGGGACUCGACCACAGGUGCGGCGGUCGACAGUAUCCCCGCCAUACCAGAGGCAGUGGAGCCUGAACCUAGUCCCACGCCUUACGAACCGGCACCAGUGCAGACUGAGCCUGCCCUCUCCACACCCGGACCCACUUCGCCGCCUUUACAGGAACAAAAAUCCUCGACUCCCAUAUCAUCAGAGGUGGCGGCGAUAACGGAGUCCGGGGGCGGAGCGCCCAGCACUCGGCCCGGCAGCGUGGCGCGCCGCGACUCCGGCAGGGACUCCGCCACCGGCCGCCGGAAGAACGAGAUCGCGCAGGCCAUUGCGCAGUAUACCGCCACCAGCGCGGAGCAACUGUCCCUGCAGAAGGGCCAACUGCUGGUGGUGCGGAAGAAGGCGGACAGCGGGUGGUGGGAGGGGGAGCUGCAGGCCAAGGGGCGGAACCGCCAGGUGGGGUGGUUCCCCGCCAGCUACGUCAAGAUCCUACAGUCCUCCGGGCGCACCUCUGGCAGGACCACUCCAGUCCUCUCCAAGAUGGACACGCUACCAGCUGAAACUGUCAUCGAUAAGGUGAUAGCUCUGUAUCCCUACACGGCUCAGAACGCAGACGAGCUGAGCUUCGAGAAGGAUGACAUAAUCGCUGUGACCGACCGCAGCCAGGACCCCGCCUGGUGGCAGGGCGAACUCCGGGGAAUGACUGGACUCUUCCCGAGUAACUACGUCACUAAACUCGUCAACUAAACGCACACAUACACACACACACACACAAACACGAUCUUAUAUUAUUAUAACCACAGAACAGAAGAUAGAGGUUGGAAGGGCCAAGUGAGCGCGAAACGCGCGCCAUACAAGUAUGAGCAAAUAGUUCA